CUUGCCUACAUUGUGGCUGGGAUAGUGGCUGUAUACUUGGUCAUAGGAGCUGCAGCACAGUUCGUUUGCAAUAUAAUUGGAAUAGCAUACCCUAUCUAUGCCAGUGUCAAGGCAGUACGAACCGAGGACACCAAUGAUGAUACACAAUGGCUUAUCUAUUGGUGUGUAUUCGCUACGUUCGCUAUCCUAGACUUCUUUGCUAGCUCAAUCAUGCAAUGGUUUCCUUUCUAUUGGCUGUUAAAGGCGUUGUUCCUCAUAUUUCUCCAUCUGCCCCAAACAAUGGGUGCUCAUUUUCUAUUCUACGUGUAUGUGGACCCUAUGGUGACUGCAAUUGAUGGAUAUUUUGCAAAAAGAAACAAACAACAAUAA